CAUUCAGUUACUUUCUAGCUUCAGAACUAAAUUUUAACAUGACUUUUAAAUUCUCUUAAAAUGAACACUAAAUGUUAUAAUUUAGUUAUCUUUGCAACAUGCGCCUUUAUUAACUCAAUAUACACGAAACAGGUAAAUAAUGAAGAAAGAAUCAAAGAUCUGGAAGCAGAGAAAACUAGAUUACGUAAAGAAAUCGAAGCAGCCAUCGACGAUGGCCUGCGCGCAUUGCAGAAUGAGGGAGAAAACAGAAGCGGAGGCGCGGGUGAGCGCUACUUGGCGGCCCUCAAGCUACACAUGCAAGCGGCCGGCGAAGGGCCGGCGGGGAACGCCACCGGUAGCGGACAAGUGGUCGCUGCAGCAGCAAAUAACGGCACCAACGCAACGAGUCUGCGGCGGUUCGAUUUCAAGAAAAAGAAGAAACGUGGCCCCGACGAAUUGGAUGAAAUUUUCAUAUACAAAGACGUUUACGAAAAAAAAGAUAUCGAACCGGAAAAGGGUAAGUUGAUGUUGGACAACAAGCUGAAGCUAGAGAAGAAGCUGUUCGAGUGGAUGGUGAAGCGGCAGGAGGAGAAGAAGCGGCUGAAGGAAUACCUGGAGAAGAAGCAGGCGCACCUGCUGGAGGUGGUGACGGAGAAGUGCCCGCGCUUCGGCUACGGCAAGAAGACCAAGAAGAAGAAGACGAGGCGGAAUAACAAGGAAGACGCGGUGGAUGCGCACCGCAAGGAACACAAGAACAGGCCCAAGUACCCCUGCUGCAGGAAGUGCUGCAAAAAAUCUUAUUUGGGUUGCUUAUAAUUUAGUCUAAAUAUUUUGAACUUGUCAAUGCAACUAUUAUAUUAACAAACUUCAUAUUCUUUUCCUUCAAAA